GUUAUAUUUUUAUGGUCCAUUGCGGGGGAAGGGAGUAUUUGUGCGGUGUGGACCAAAUACAUAUUCGUUUCUUUCCAGAAACAACGUCUCGCAGACACACUGUGGGAUAUUAGUAAGACUGCACCAACACGAGGAUAUGCAUUUUUAAAAAAAAUUCCGGCACUGGUAAGAGCUGAGCGAUUGCUUAUUGUGUAGUCUGCUUGCAGUGCUAGUCUGGGCUGCUGUUUGAGCUGAAUGCAGUGCAUUCUGUCAGAGGAGAGGAGAUGUUUGAAUUUGUGAUUCCAAUUCCAGACAAAAUAAUAUUCAAGGAUUGUCUGAAAAAGUCAGCAUCUUCAAACGUCAGCAUCCAGCUGGCUGGAAGUGUCAGAGUGCAGUGACCAUGGAUCUGAAAAUGUGUUAAUGCAUAGGGUUUGAAUUGCAGCAUGUCGACUCUAGACUGAAUCAGUUUAUUUGAAAAAUACGCUCUCAGUUUGAAGUACAGAAGGGACGGCUCCACAAAUAUGUUUUAGAGAUCUAGCUUCAAAGAAUGGAGAGAGGGAGAGAGAGCAAGAGGAGUACAGGAUGGAUGAAACAAAGUAAUUGCUUUCCGUUAUCCAAAGGGUGUUGGGAAUAUAAAUCAUUUUGAAAGAUCACCGUCCUACGUGAGUGCGCUGAUACAGUGAACAGAUUCAAGACAUGGCAGAACAAGUUUUGGGGUUCUUCGUACUCUAUAGCUUCCUUGUGGUAGCCCUUCUUUCCAAGAGCAGCCUCACUGUGCAUGGAUUUUCGAAGAAACAUGCUCGACCAGCACCAACAGAGGGGAAGGACAACAUUACCAUCUUCACCCGGAUCCUGGAUCGCCUUUUGGAUGGGUAUGACAAUAGGCUGCGGCCUGGUCUUGGAGAAAGUGUGACUGAAGUUAAAACAGACAUCUAUGUUACAAGCUUUGGGCCAGUGUCUGACACAGACAUGGAGUACACUGUUGAUGUAUUCUUCCGACAGAGCUGGAAGGAUGAAAGGCUCAAAUUUAAAGGGCCCAUGCGCAUAUUGCCACUGAACAACCUGCUAGCCAGCAAAAUAUGGACUCCAGACACCUUCUUCCACAAUGGCAAGAAAUCAGUGGCACACAACAUGACCACUCCCAACAAGCUGCUAAGGCUGGUGGAUAACGGCACCCUCUUGUACACCAUGAGGCUUACAAUCAAUGCAGAGUGCCCAAUGCAUCUGGAGGACUUCCCCAUGGAUACACAUGCCUGCCCACUGAAAUUCGGCAGUUAUGCCUACACCAGGUCUGAGGUGGUCUACGUCUGGACACAUGGACAGAAGGAAUCAGUAGUUGUUGCUGAGGAUGGAUCCAGAUUGAACCAAUACGAUCUGUUGGGACAGACAGUUGGGAUGGAGAUUAUUCAAUCAAAUACAGGUGAAUACAUUAUCAUGACAACCCACUUCCAUCUAAAGAGGAAGAUUGGUUACUUUGUGAUCCAGACGUACCUGCCCUGCAUUAUGACAGUGAUUCUCUCCCAGGUCUCCUUCUGGCUGAACAGAGAAUCUGUCCCUGCACGCACUGUGUUUGGGGUCACCACAGUGCUGACCAUGACCACACUGAGUAUCAGUGCCAGGAACUCCUUGCCUAAGGUUGCCUAUGCAACAGCCAUGGAUUGGUUUAUUGCCGUUUGCUACGCAUUUGUGUUCUCAGCAUUGAUUGAAUUUGCGACCGUGAACUACUUCACCAAGCGGAGCUGGCCAUGGGAUGGCAGGAAAGCAAUGGAAGUUCAGGAGCUGAAGAAACGGGAACCAGUCAACCUGGCCAAGAAAACCAACAACACAUACAACAUUGUGGGGACGACAUACACUCUGAACAUCACCAAGGAUCCCAGUCUGGCCACCAUCUCGAAGAGUGCAGGGACACACACCCACACCAAACUGGCCAAAGUGGAGGAGAAACUGCUCGAGAGCAGGAAGACCUAUAACAGCGUCAGCAAAGUCGACAAAAUGUCCCGAAUUGUAUUUCCUGUUCUCUUUGUCAUUUUCAACCUGGUUUAUUGGGCCACAUAUGUCAGCAGAGAGCCAGUCAUUGAAGACCCAAAGGUUUAGGCUUGAAACAUCAGCCUUCCUGCUCCUCUGAUGCUGCUUGGCCUGCUGUGUUCAUCCAGUUGUACCCCUUGUUCUCUCAGAUUCUCCAGAAUCUGCAGUUCCUGCUAUCCCUGAUGUAUAUUUUACAACUAUAUUUGUUUCUUCCAGCACUGUGUAUUUUGACGCUUUGUAUCUUGGUUCCUAAAUAAGACUCGGCAGAAUUACUUUAAAGCUUCUCCAAUAGUAACAUUGUCCUGAACUACCUGCGUUCUCUCCGAGCUACUGUCUUGAUAUUAAUGCUACUAUUAUCAAAUACGUACUUGUGCAUUGAGCUUAUUCUCAAUUGUCUUUGUCUCAAAUCAUUAAAAGUACUUUAAAUAACUGCAACGCAUCAGAUAAUGCAUCUCUCACUGUAUCCAGACCUACAUCUGUAAAUAACAACUGUGAGAUGCUCAACAGCAGGUUUACCACAUGGAUGUAUAUUAUCUUGAAAAUGUUGUAACUUAACCUAUGCUAAUGUUAUACAAUGUACUUAAUGAUUAAAAUGCUGGAAUGCAAGAC